AUGGGGUCAGAGGUCAGGCCCAUACCCUCCAGGGGACGGCAACUGCUGGACGACCUUGAGACGGUGGAGGGUCACUGGUCGGGAAAGGGGCGCGAACCGUCCUACAACCGUACGGAAGAGCCCCCCCUGGCUAUUGGGUCGGACGCCAUCGGUCACGGCGGCGCAGGAAGAGUGGUGAAGGCGAUAUGGACCCAUCCGAAGAAUAAUGCAGAGAUUGCUUUCGCCAGGAAGAGUGUCAUGCCCUCGGCAUCAUUCCCCAAGAAGAAUAUCAAGAACGAAAUCGAUUUGCUGAAGAAACUUGAUCAUCACCACAUUGUCUCCUUUGUGGGAUCCUACGAUCAAGAUCACACUACUCACAUCUUGCUGUUCCCUUGUGCCACGUGUGACCUGUCGGCCUUACUACGCGAGUUAGACAACUGUCAGGCAGGCUCACCACAACCUAAGUAUUUGUACGAGCUGGGAUGGAUCCACAGUGUGGACGAUGACAGUCUGAAGUCACUCCCGAGAGUGGUCGGCCCUCGGCUGGAACAAAUUUAUGGAUGCAUUACAAGCGCCAUCCUCUACAUCCACAACAGGAAAGUUCGACACAAGGACAUCAAACCUAGUAACAUUCUCGUCGACCGCAACUCCUUCUACCUCACUGACUUCAAUGUGUCCGAGGAUUUCGAGGACAGCGACUCGACGGUGACCGCAAGGACCCGGUUUGAUGGGACCGAGAUCUAUGCAGCGCCCGAAGAAUUGUGCGGGGAGGAGCGGAGUCGCAAGUCUGACAUCUACUCUCUGGGUCUGGUCUUCUUGGAAGUCUUCACAUUCCUGAUGGGCCGUUCGCGGAAAGACAUGGAAGACACCAUCGGUACCACAAGCGACCUGGGGAAGUGGAAAAUGAGGCUGGGGAACGACAGAUUUCAUCGGACCUACACCUGUUCCCGACUAGCUUGGGCGACGAUGGUGGUCCCACCAGCCGCAGCCGGAAAGAUAUUCGGCAUCCGAGACUUGAUCCUCAGUAUGUUAGCGAUGGACCCGGCGCAUCGCCCGAGCGCCUACGAAGUCGCCUCCCAACUCGCGACGAUGGAUCCCGAGGGUCGACUGCAUGGGAUGUGCUGUCGCCGCGACAAAGACGGUGUAGGCUUCAAAGCCCUUCUGGAGAGGUAUGACCGACUGAAAGAAGAGUACGAGAAACUCUCCUCCAAGUAUGAGAGCGAGAAGGCCGCGAGCGCGGCACUCACUUACAAGUAUGAUAGCGUCAAAAGAGACCUGGAAGAGUGCCAGACUCAGAAUAAGACCAUUGCCGCCGAGCUGGAGGAGUUGAAGGAAAAAUUGAAGAUAGGGCAGACAGGUGCACUGCAGCCAUUAACUAACCCAUGGAACUCCCCCGACACCGUCACACGCCUUACCAUGUCUCGAAGCAAGUCAAGCCUAAGCAUGGGAACUCCUCCACCAGAGGCUCCUCAUUAUUCCCACGGAAAACCAGAGGCCAUUUUCCUGAACCGAAACCGCGAGCGAUUGGACAUAGAGGCUAUUAAAAGUGGCCGGAAUUGGGACGACACUGCAAAAGAACGUUAUAACUACGUCAAGGGUCUGAACCUGUGUCGAUUUUCCUUCCUCGACCCCCGUGGCUGCCGCAACCCGAAUUGUGAAUUUAAACACCAGAAGGAUUACUCGGCGUCGGAUGAUCAGCUAUUUAUGCUUCGGAUGUUGACUCGUAAUAAGCCAUGUGAAAACGGCACUAAGUGCAUUAAUAAAGAUUGUUUGUUUGGUCACCAUUGUCUUGAGAAGGAAUAUCCUUGCCGCUUCUCACGCAAUGGCAAGUGCGGAUUUCCGGAGUUUAUGCACAUAAGGGAUUUUGACACGGACAGUACAAUGGUCGUCUGA